AUGCCGACCCGUUUGCAUAAGAACAGAAAGAAGCGUGGCCAUGUUUCCGCGGGCCACGGCCGUAUCGGAAAACAUCGCAAGCAUCCUGGUGGGCGGGGUAACGCCGGUGGUCAGCAUCAUCAUCGAGCAAACUUUGACAAGUUCCAUCCUGGUUACUUCGGUAAGGUCGGUAUGAGGUAUUUCCACAAGACAACCCAAAAGUACUAUUGCCCGACCAUCAACCUCGACAAGCUCUGGACUCUCGUUCCGGAUAAUAUCCGGAUCGAGAACAAGGACAAGACCGAUGUCGCACCAGUGCUUGACAUCACCGAUCGGGGCUACUUUAAGGUUCUCGGAAAGGGAACUCUUCCCAAGCAGCCCCUUAUUGUCAAGGCCAAGUUCUUCUCCAAGGGUGCCGAGAAGAAGAUUAAGGCUGCUGGCGGCGCGUGCAUUUUGACAGCCUAGAUCGCGUGAUAAUUUCAACUUCGGACUGCAGUUGCGUACGGCAGAUUUGAUCCUCACGGACGCUUGUACAAGGGACCGUGCUGCAUGGCGCUGCAGGCAGGGGCUGUCUGAAAAUAAAAAAAACUCGGUGACGCGAACGAAUGCAAACUUAUGAGCUCAGGUUUUACAAUUGAGCUUACGUGGAUUGUCUAUUCCAUCAUUAACAUAUCCCUUAUGCUAUAGUACAGAGCAGCGCACAGUGCCCGGCGUGCGACUGCUUUAGGGGGACAAGCGCAAGUAGGCCUCUAAAAAGGUAUCCGACGUUGCUGUCAUCUGGCUGCAACGAGCGUGUCCACUACUUUCGAUCAUGCCUCUCAUCUCCGAGCUGGUGAUGUCACGAUGGCGACGUCGUCAUCAUGUACGCCAGCGUAACUCCGAUAGCAGCAGCCACCAACAGCAGAUCCAUCUUAGAGUGGUCGACAACCUUGGGUGGUCUCUCCUUUUCCAGAUACCACUCCAACGAGUAGCGUUCCGGGGGCUUAUUCACCAACGCCGUCCGCAAUGGUCCGUAGUUACUGGUAAGUACUGGCUGAAAGUUGGAAAAGUUGUCGUCCUCCAAAGGCGGAAUGUCCAGAAAUGAGCCCGGCUCAAACUCAAGCUUCGGAGCAGUGAUAAUAAAAAAAAGCUCCUUCGACACCUUCCUGACAUCCGCAUCGCCAUGCGUUCUGAGCCUCUCCAACAUAGCUGCGGCCUCCUUCUUCAUUCCGGCCGCAUCCAGCGACUGGGCAUGCCACAGCUGGUAUUGCCCCCCUAGCCGACUCUGCACGCCCACCAGGCGCACGGCCUCUUCGUACAGCCCGACGGCCCGCUCGUACUGGCCCUUAUUAAACGCGUCCAUCGCGGUCGCAAAGGCCUCAUUCGCGCGUGCCAGCG